GAGGUGUUGACGCGGAUUGUUGCUGUCAACAGCUCUGAUCUGAUCAAGUCUGCGGCGAAUUCAGACAUCACGAAGCUCAUCGGCUGAUUUCAAAGCAAGCACGGCUACUGUUCUGUGGAGGUCACAGCUUUGUGUGUGUGUAUCUGAGACAUCACUGCGCAGCGUGUGUGUGGGUGCGUGUAGCGCCGUUCUGCAGUGUGUGUGAUGUCGUCAGAGCUGCUGGUAGAUUUGGGUGAAGACCCUGCAACUGCACAGUUGGGACAGCUGAAGCUGGCUACAAUAGAGGACCAGCAGUGGCCCGCUGAUGAAUCCACUCUCAGCAAGUCAGAGACAGACAUCUCCCAGCGCUUGGAUGCUGGCUCUCCUCACCUGCCCUGGGACCACCCCUUCUAUGACAUCGCCAGGCAUCAGAUCAUUGAAGUGGCAGGCGAUGAUAACUUUGGCAGAAAGGUGAUUGUGUUUAAUGCCUGCAGGAUGCCUCCUCAACACCAGCUAGACCAUCACAAGCUGCUGAUGUAUCUUAAAGGAACACUGGAUCAGUAUGUUGAAAGUGACUACACUCUGAUCUAUUUCCAUCAUGGGCUGACCAGUGAAAACAAACCGUCUCUCAGCUGGUUACGAGACGCAUACAGGGAGUUUGACAGAAAGUAUAAGAAGAAUAUCAAGGCUCUGUACAUCGUCCAUCCCACCAUGUUCAUCAAGACUCUGCUGAUCCUCUUCAAACCCAUCAUCAGUUUUAAAUUUGGCAGGAAGAUCAACUAUGUGAGCUAUCUGAGUGAGCUGGAGGACGUGGUGAAGUGUGAGCAGCUGAUUAUCCCUGCACGUGUCAAAGAGUAUGACAACAAGUUGAGAGCAGCUUUGAAACCGACUGCCCAGCCUCCCAUGUCUCCUCCUCGCAGCCCUCCCCUCCCCAACCAGAUCUUUGGGGUUCCACUCACAACGCUCAGAGAGAGGAGUCCAGAUGGUGAAGCAGUUCCUGUGGUGAUGAGAGACACCAUUAGCUUCCUCUCAGAGCAAGGUUUGGAGAUUGAGGGGAUCUUCAGACGGUCUGCCAAUGUGACUCUGGUGAAGGAGGUCCAGCUCAAAUACAACUCAGGUGAGGCAGUGAAUUUCAGCGAGAUGGAAGACGUUCACUUGGCUGCUGUGAUUCUGAAGACGUUCCUGAGGGAACUACCCGAGCCUCUGCUGACCUACCAGCUCUACAACGACAUCGUCAACUUCACCUCUGUGUCCAGCGAAAGCCAGGUGACAGUUAUGAAGACGUUGGUAGAGUCACUGCCAGAGGAGAACUACAUGUCACUGAGAUACCUCAUCACAUUCCUGGCACAGGUAUCAGCCAACAGUGAAGUGAAUAAGAUGACUAACAGUAACCUGGCUGUGGUGUUUGGUCCCAACCUGCUCUGGGGGCGGGACAAUGCCAUGUCACUCAGCGCCAUCGGACCAAUCAACAACUUCACCAGAACCCUGCUGGACCAGCAGCAUCUGGUCUUUACCUAAACCCGGCCCCUUCAUCCUGCAUUCUCUUCCAGUUAGAACCUCCGCUGAGACCCUGCUUCCCCACAGCAUUUAGUCCUCACCAGGGUACUUCUCAACCAGUAGCACUUAGACUAAACCAACUCCCUCUGCUUUUCCAUUUAAACAUCUACCACUUAAAAACAUCCCAUGGACCAAUAGCAUUUAAUUUUUGUCUCCCACCGGUCUACAUUCUGAUUGGACCAUUAGCAGAAUGUGUUUUGUUUUGAAGUGGUCAUUUUCAGUCCAGAUCAAUGCAGUGACUCCAGGCAUGAAUGGAUGUAGAUGGAAAUGGUACAGUAAUCCUCUCUCUAAAAACGACUUAGAGCAUAAAAUUCAACUUAUUCAAGCUCAUAAGUUGAAUUCACAUCCAUUCACAGAGUCUCUCUGGUCUGACAUAUUUAACAUCUGUCGUUGGUGGCAAAGUUUUGACCAGGCAGGUAAUGUUUUUUGCUACUUUGGUGUUGCCUGCUGUCAUUUUGAGAGGGCUACCUAACAAGUGCUAAUAAUAUAGCAGUAAUCAUAAAAAAACAAAAAAAAACUAGAUGUUAAAAGGCUCCCUGAUUUUGUUACAGCAUUUUAUUAUGUCUCCAAUUUCUACCAUUUCCUCCCAGCUCACUCAAUAUGUUGCAAAAAAUGUCAAGUUUCAAAACCACAACAGUGAUCUGAACCAAUCAGAGCUCUGUAGGUGGGAUGAAAAACGGGGACAUCAUCUUUGUAUCCCAGAGCCAAAAAAAUGUGGUCAAAAAAUGGCCGUAAAUAUGCUGACAGAUGAUGAAGUAACACAAAAUACCAGGCUAGCACACUAUAAAGUGCUGUUACAUGAUCAGGGAUCUUUUAGGACAUAGAUGGACUGUGAGUUCAGGACUAGUCUCACAAUCAGUCACUGCCUGGCUUCAAUACAGGCAACCUUCCUGACUCCUCCACCACCCUACUGCACCCAACCAACCCUUCUACCUAGAAUUAGAUCUUUGCAGUCUACCUGAAGAAAUUCCAGCCCUAAUUGCAUGUGUUUAUAGUUGUAUUUAACUGUGUCUAUCUGAACACAGCCUGACUGUCAUCUCGUAGCAGUUGGAAUUAGAGUCUAGACAUCCCCGGUCUUUCUCUGUAUAUCUGUGCUGUGCUGUUGUCAGUCUGUCUCUCUGCUGUUUUCUGUGUAGUGCCAAAACAAAAAAAAAGGCCCCCAGUGUUCUCAGAAAGACUCAGAGAGAAUAAUAAUUCUAGAUAAAUACAGAGAUAAAGCAGUGCAGUUACCAAAUGUCCCCUCUAGGAUUAUGCUCCAAAAAAAAAAGAGGAAAGAUAAAGAGAAUGGAGCCGCGUCUCCAUGAAAGUCUCAGGUUAAAUUUAAAGAUGAACUUGGUACCAAACAUUGUGGACAAUCUAUGAAAUGCUGUAAUUCAAACAACCAGUAGAAUAAGAGCUGUGUGAUUCUACCAGCAGCUCAGAAAGUGUUAGAAUCCAAACACAGCUGUGCAGCUGUGGAUGAAGUAAGUGCUGGAGCUGGUUUAGGUAGCAGCAGCAGCUCUGUAAUAUACUGUACCAUAUCAUGAUAGUUUAUGUAUGAUUCUUUAUGGCUUUCUCCUACAUUUGACUUCAAUAUUGUGUUAAUGUUAUAUCUGGAUUUCUAGAUUUGAUCAGCAUAACUUUCAUCCCAUUAGAAUCCUCCAAACUCUCAUUGUCAUUAUGAUUUUAGCAUGUUUCAUUCUCAAAGUAGCAGUUUUUUUUUUUUUUUAAAGGUACGGGAUAGAUGGCAGACAUACAGUAGCUCCAUACAGUGUAGUGGAAUAUUCAAUAGUACAAAUACAUAAAAACCAGAGAUGUGUUCUGCUGGCUGGAAUAAGCAGGAAAUGACUUCCAGUUAGGCAUUUAGUCUUUAACGAAUAACUCUGGCAUGAUUCCUUUUUUUCCUUAUUGUCAGCAAAUUCCAUUGUGAAGACCAAAACUAACCUGUUAGUCUGUCUCUCAGUUUACUUUCUGAUUCCCCUACCCUGUCUGUCUUAUCCAAACAAUAACCACUCAGUUUAUAAUAGAUUAUUUCUGCCAUAACAUGCUUUCACUUCUCACUGCUUAUAGCCAGGGCCGCAUUAAUUGAAUGCACUUGCACUGUAUUUAGCAGAAGACUUCUUUGAAAAAGUGUACCCAUCUUAGUAGCAUAAAUCACAAAAAUGGAACCAAGCUCUGUUCAGGGAACGUUGGAUGCAGGAGUUGAAGUUUAAAGCAUUUGAAAGGAUGUGCCCAGUGCAGCUGUAAGACUCCUGUGUGUUGUGGUUGUUGUGUGAGGAGUCUUGUGAGCCUGAUCACAUGACAGUGGUGAUACAAGUUAUAAUCUUUGUGUCGGGUAGUUCUAAAUCAUUAUUCUUUGUUUUUUUCUGCAAACAAUAAUGAUUUAGCCACGUGUCAUCACCACUGUGUGCGUUCAGGAUCAUUGAGUUUCCACGGCAACAUGAUGCAAGAGAAAUCCUUUUUAUUUAUUUUAAUUCCUUCUACAUAGAACUCGGAAUAUUCCUUUAAAUAAUGAAUGAAACUGUUGUGAUGUAAGCUUUAUUUAUAUCUUAAGUUGCCUUAUAUUUUGCUUGAUGCUGUGCCACUAAUGGAGCUUGUCCAAGUUGUAUGAUGGUUUCUGGGUGUCUGCAGGGUCCUCUGGUCUGUCUACACCGAGCUGUGUGAUUAUUGAAAAUAACACUCAGCACAGAGGCUGAUUGCUGAA